CAAGAAUUACAAAAAAAAUUAAAUUUGGUGAAAAAAAAAUUUUGAAAUAAAAGAUUUAAGGCGAGAAAACAACGAGCAAACAUCUCAACUCCCGUUGUCUGGUCCAAAACUAAUCUAGAAAAGAAACUUAAAAGUCUUUUAGGACCAAACAUUCUUCCAAGUAAACUCCUUUCAUUGUUGCCCGAUCGACAAAGAUAAAUUUGCAAAAAUUGUUCGCCUCAAACAAGUCGCCCACGGCCACAACCACUACAGAAUGCAUCUAACAACAACGACCAACACCGUCGUCGCCAAUAAUGCGGGCGCGACACAGAAUAGCAGCAACAACAAUGCAAAUAAUUCCAGUUCAAAUAAUAAUGGCGGUAGCAACAAUAAUGCGGCUACAAACGGCAACAACAACAAUUCCAAUGAACAAAAUACACCGCCAACCGCCGCACAGCUGCUAAAUGAAGCCUACACAAAGAUGACUUCGGAUAUAUUGGCGGAACGAACAUUAGGCGACUUCCUUACCGAACAUCCGGGCGAGUUGAUACGCACCAGCAGUCCGCUUUUUGUGUGUACGGUACUGCCGCCGCAUUGGCGCUCAAAUAAGACGCUGCCGGUCGCCUUCAAGGUGGUCUCGUUGGGCGAUAUUAUGGACGGUACUAUGGUGACGGUACGCGCUGGGAAUGAUGAGAAUUACUGUGCUGAGUUGCGGAAUUGCACGGCUGUAAUGAAGAAUCAGGUGGCGAAAUUUAAUGAUCUGAGAUUCGUGGGACGGAGUGGUAGAGGGAAAAGUUUCACACUCACAAUAACGGUAUCGACAAAUCCGCCACAUAUCGCCACCUACAACAAAGCGAUCAAAGUGACUGUGGAUGGACCGCGUGAGCCGCGCUCAAAGACCAGACAACAACAACAGUUCCACUUCGCAUUCGGACAACGACCGUUCCAUUUCUCAGCCGAUCCUUUGUCGGGAUUCCGCAUGCCACCAAUUGGAAAUUGUCAGAGCGCAGGCAACACACACUGGGGCUACGGCUCAGCAUCAGCAUACUCGCCAUAUUUGGCAGGCAGUGGCCUAUCCUCCUGCACAACACCCACAUCGGCACAAUUCAACAAUCCAGCUUUGGGCUUUACCUGCUCCUCCAAUGAUCAGUCAAACAAUCAGGACUUUACAGGCGGCACAAAUCGAGAUUGUGUACCAAUGCUGCCCGACUCCACGGCCACCGACUUGGAUCAGCACUUGAGCAAUCUAGUUGGCUCUACCACCGGACAAAUGACACAUCACAGCCUGCUCGGCUCGAGCGGUCAAUCGGCCAUUUCUUCGACCGUCAAUGGCGGCGUGGGAACCAACUCCAUUCUCGUGCCACGCUAUCAUCACGCCAACACCAACAAUGACUACAAUGUGCACUCCAGCCAGAAUGGACCGCGUAGUUUGAGUGACUCCUCUCAAGCCGAAUCGCCCGUACAGGAAGACCUGCUCACUACGAAUACACCAAAUUUGGGGGGUGGCGGCGGUGUCAGCGGCGGUGGUGGCGGUGCCAAUGGUACGAACAACGGCAACGGCAGUGCCAAUGGCAGCAGCGGCGCCGGUGGUGGCAGCGGUAGCAACUCAGCGGCGGCAAAUAAUUCACUUGUCGGCGCGAGUCAAAAUUUUCCCGGCCUGGUGAAUCAAACACAGAACCCCACACACUACGGCAGCGGUAGUGGUGCGGGUGUCGGUGUGGGUGUGGGAGUUGGUGUAGGUGGUGGUGGCGCAGGCAGCACAGGAGCCGGUUGCAAUGGCUCACUCUAUCCCGUAUUGCCGGCAAGUUUGCUCUACUCACAACUCUACACAGCGGCCAAUCAGACACAUGGCUUUCACUCGCAUGCGCUAACACCAUCACACGCCUCACCCAACUCAUCGGUGCAUGGCGCUGAACUGCAAAGUGUUAUGGAUCACAUUAACAAUGUGGGUGUUGGGGUGGGUGUGCGACAGCAGCAUAACAUUAUGACAGGUGGCGGCGUAACACAUCCGGGUGAUUUAACGCUGAUCGGCAAUUGUGGCGCCUCAGUGCGUAAUAUUGAAGACGGCAGUAAUACGCAGCGGCAGGUUGCAGCCUUGGCGGCACACCGUGGACACCACACACCCACCGAUAAUGGGGGUAGCGUGUGGCGGCCAUAUUGAGGUCAGGUGCUCUGGUGCGGCUCGGCCGUCCUAUAGUGUUACGAGAACCUGGAGAGCGAGC